CCCCGCCCACUUUUCGAUCAUUGAUUGGUUUUCAAAGUCAGGGGACACCUCAUUGGGUUAUUCAUAUAUGCGGAUGUGGCGGGUUUUAGGUUUUACAGGAGGUUAAACAACACCCCUCUGACUUUCACGGACUUAAGUGUUAUUUCUCAUUUAAGGCUUUCACAUCUUUGGCUUUCAAUGGAAUACUCUGUGUCAAAAUUUUUACAAAAGACUUUAAACAAAAUCCCAGUCUCUGGCUUACGACGCAUUUUGGAAGAAUGGGACUUCCUAAGCACAGCGCAGCUCCGUUCCUUGGAUUCAGCCAAGUACGGUCCGGCUCUACGGCUGAAAGUGCUUGGACUCUGCGAGGAAAAUCAUGUCCAAACAAAGCAUGUCAUAGAGCUUGAUAUGAUAUACAACCAUGCAUAUUCCACCAAAAGGAACUGGAGUGUUUUCCAAUUGUAUGAACAGCAAGAGCUUACAUAUACAAUGAAGGUGACCGUGUUUGUUGAGCAGUUCACAGCUAAUCUGAAACAGCUUACCAGUCACGUAUCAGUUGUUAUAAAGCAGUUUGAAGAUGAUGCCCUUUGGAUUCGCAUCGCUUGGGGAGAUAAUUUCAAAAGACCCAACCACUUUUUCCCUACAUAUGCCGUGUAUCAUCCACACUGUCCUUAUGUUUUUAUAUCUCAUUUAGGUAUAAAACAAAGACCUCUGCUACUCCAGGCACUGCUCAUUGCAGCUAAAUAUACAGAUAUUAAGGAGAUUCAACUCAAAGGUCGUUGCUUGAAGUCUCUUAGAGAUCUGGUGAUGCGGCAAUUUAAACCUAUUCCCCGUCCAAAAACAUCACAAGAAAUAAGUGCUUCGCAUCCAAAUAUUACUAAUGAGCAUGCAAAACACCAGGCCUACCUUAAGCAAGUUGCCGAUGAUGCCUUUGGGGAAGGAACAUUGCCACUUCUAGAAACUGCUGUCUUCAAGCUUGAAACAAAAUUCAAGGAUCCAGUAAAUCGAAUACUUGAAAACAAAACAGAUCCCUUCAGAUGUGUGAUUAAGUUUUCAAGCCCAAAUUUGCUAGAAUCUCUGAAAUCUUCAGUGGAACUUGGGAUUGUAAAUGGUGCACUAUCCCCACUACUGACAUCCAUCUCCCUAAAAGCAAGGAACCAUUUUGUAAUUACAGAAAGAGUGCCUCCAAAUGCCCCAGGCCCUUAACAUCUAAAAAUGAACUUGUUGCUGUUAAACAUUAUGAAAAUGUUACACAUGGAUACUCAAGUAUGUUCUGCUUUUGGGCUAUCGAAAGUCAAGAGUUAAAGAAAUAAUGAUGGAAGCCUAUCCGAUAUUGGAAUUGUGCAUCAAUCAAGUUAUAUUGUAAUGAGCUGUUGACGUACUACAAAGAUUGAUUUAAGUCAUUGUUUUCAAAACAGUCUUAAGUACAUGUUUUAUUUUGUCAUCUUGGUUGUUUUUUCUUUUUCUCUUCUGGAAAAGCUGAAAACUGCUAGACAUUGAGUAGUUUUGUCAUAACAUUUCUAAUUUAAGCAGACGCUUUAAAAUCAUUCCAGUUACUUGCAAUAUCUGAUUUUGAUUCAUAUUUUUUAUGACAAUAAGAAGAAUCAAGCUUGUUUUCAAUUUUCUAAUUCUUAAUUAUGUUCAAAGUACACAAAGCAGCUGUGCAAUAUUUAAUUUUUACCAGUAAAUUGUUUAUUUAAAUUGUCCGUAU